AUGGCACAGCUGCAUGUGGAUACUGGCGGCAUCUUAAAGGAGUCGGAUGACUAUUUGGAAUAUGGCAGGAACAACACCCGUGAUUAUGAUUACGAUGCAGCGAAUACAGUGAAUAACACUACAGUGUUUACAGUGUUUAACAGCACAGUGGAUAAUGUUCCUGUGGAAAGAGGCAGUGAGGCAGUGUGGGUCCCUGCUCUGUAUGCUGUAGUGUUUUUUGUUGGAAUCCUGGGAAAUAUUAUUCUCCUGAGAGUUCUGGUUCAAAAAAGGAGACUGUGGAGCCUAUCGGACACCUUUAUUCUCCACCUGAGUAUCGCGGACAUCCUCCUCCUGUUAAUGCUGCCCUUCUGGGCUGCACAGACAAGUCAGCCUUGUGACUGGUCCUUGGGCAUUUUCAGCCAGAUCUUUGGAGUCGUUUUCAAGCUCAACUACUACUGUGGAAUCUUUCUGCUGUUUUGCAUCAGUCUUCAAAACUACCUCUCUGCCAUCCAUGGCAUCCAGUUGUAUUCCCACGAGAAGCCCUUCUUUGUUCACAUCAGCUGCCUGUCAGUCUGGCUUAUCUCUGUCAUCCUCACCGUACCUGACUGGAUUUCCCCAGGGGCUAAAAAGGACUCCACAGAAGAGAAAACAUGUGUUCACAUCUACCCUCAAUCUGGAACUGACUGGCAGUUGUGGUCACGCCUGUUUCACCACAUAUUUGGGUUGGUGCUACCUGCAUUCAUGCUGAUGAUCUUCUCACAUAUGCUAUGGCGGCAGUGCAGCUCUAAUGGGGCCCGAAUGCCGAGAAAUGUCACCGUCAUCCUGUCUCUGGUGGUCGUAUUCUGUGUGUGUUGGAUGCCGUACAACUUCAUAUUUUUUUUGGACACUGUCCAGAACAGACUUCAGAAACAUCCUGAUGAUUUACAUAAAAGCUCUGAAGGUUCACUAAAAAUCCUUCUUAUGGGCACCUCUGCGUUAGGCUGCCUUCACGCCAGCCUGAGGCCUCUGCUGUAUCUCGGCCUGUGUGGAAACUUCAGGCAACACUUACUGGCCAUGCUGAGAUGUAGUAAAACUGAACCAAAAGGCUCACUCUGGGAUCUUGGUGUAGGCCAGAGACAGCAGCCUGAUCACGGUCAGGAUCAACAGGAAGAGCUGGAACGGAUGAUGGCUGUAGAGAAUCUGUUAGCUUAGUGAAGAUGAACAGAUUUUGACUCAGAUGUAAGUAGAACAACUUUACACUCCUGAGAGGAAGUGAAUUCAGUUUCAUGUCAUGAGUUCAAGGGCUGGAGGAUGUUAUUCUGUGUAACUGACAAACAGAUGUUUAUAUAUAAAAAUGACUCUCACAUUCCACACAUGCAUCAUGGUGACAUAUGCUCACCCAAAAGGGUUAAAAGUAGAUAUCUGUAAGUAUCUGUAUGAUGAAGACGACGAGCUGAAACAGAUGAUGGGUGUAGAGAACCAGUCAGUUUAGGGAAGAUGAACAGAGAAACAUACUCUCAUGUGAUCAUGAUGAUGUUACUGUCAUGGUACUGGUUCAUUGUCCCACAGCUUUGAGUUUAUUUAGGUCCAUGACGUAUUUUGUAGAAUGUGUUUUUGCAGUGUUUGGUCUUGUUCUUUCUUUAUAGAGUUAUUGCUAUUCUUAUGUUCAGUGUGAAGCCCUGAUGUCUAUUGAUUUUUUUUUUUUUCCUUUUGGGUCCUGUUUGCCUUGGUAUUGCCUCUGCGUGUCCUCCUCAGUAUCUCUUGCGUUAUUUUGCCACCCAGUGGAGUCUGUCUUGUCUUGUUUAUUUGCCCGUUUCCACAGGCAUGUGGGCAUCUGUGUGUGUGUCUGGUUUCCCUCACCCUCUCUGUCCCUCACUCUCACCCUCGUUCUGUGUCUCCCUAGUCGUGUCUCUGAGUUUCGUCUCCCUUUGCUUACAUGUUCUUGCCUGGGUCUCUAUGUGAGUGUCACUUGUUGUUUUAUUUUGACAGUACCUUAUCUCAUGUGUGUUAUGUUCAGUUUGGCUUCCCUUGUUUUGUCAGAUUUGUUCCUGAUGUCUUUCCACCUGUUGUCCAUCCUCUCCUAAUCUGGUGUAUUUAAGUCCUCAGAUUGUUUCUGUUUGUUGUCCGUCUUUGUGUUGGUCCUCCUGUCAUGGAGCCUGAGGGGCAGCACUGAUAGUCGCCAGUAUUUUUACAUCUUGAUUUCACUGUUGUAGCAUGAGUACUGGGAAUGUCCAGACAGGAGACCGGAUGACAACAGCAUGUAGUGUUGUUUGUUUUUGUUGGCAGAUUUUAAUCCUGCUCUAAAUGUGUCUUAUGCUUAAAACUGAUUCACAAAUAUUUUAAAAAGAAUUAUAGUGGAAUAGUCUUUAACCUGACUAGCAAUAAAAUAAGUUUGCAUUUAAAAUGUUUACUUUUCUUUUGUUUACAUAGCAGAUUUUUGCUCAAAAUGUGUGCUUAUGUCUAAAACAUUUUUUCUAAUUUUGCACAUAUUACACUGCACAUUUCUAAGAUUUUAUAUUUUUUUAAAGUGUUAAGUCUUUUGUUUGUUUGGGGUUUUUUUUGUUUGUUUGUUUCGUUUUUUACAGCUCAGCAAAUUAAGAUUCAGAAACUCACUAACAUACAACCAAAACACCUUUUAGAUCAAUAAUGGCAUUUUCAAAUUACAUGCAUUAUUAUUAUUAUGUCACUUAAAGUAAGUGGAAACGCUGUUAUGUGCUUUGUGUUUUACAACCCUACAUUCUUGUUUAAGAUAACCUCAGAGAAGCUAUAAGUCAGGAAAGGUAGCUGUCGUAGCUGUGUUUGCACGCUGCAAAGUGGCUCUACUUUUAGCAUCACACCUGCCACCAUUUCCUUCAGAAUGCACUGUCAAGAUUCUUUCUGUGUCUCUAAUAUAUCUCUUAUAUCUUCUGCAGAUAUGCUUUGAUGUUAAUUAUUUUCUAUAUACCAAAAUGUAUCAAAUAAUAAUAAUUGUGAAAUAAAAGGA